AUGGAUCAACGGCAAUACAAAGCAAACGGCACCCAUUAUUCGAAAUUCCAAACUUAUCUCACUGCCUCUGAAUACUUUCUUCAACAACGCAACUUGGAAGAUUGUCGUAAUUACGCUUUAAAAGCCAUUGAAAUCGACCCAAAUCAAACUUCCCCUUCACAAAUACUCGCUAUUGCGAAUGUAUUACUUCUCUCUACCACCAUUAACGAAGACCCAAAUUACUAUUCUAUCCUUAACCUUCCUCUCUACACUCAAAACCAACAACUCAUCAAGACCCAUUUCACGAACGUUACGAAUCUAUUAAACCCUAACAAGAAUCGGUACCCAUUUGCUUCUGAAGCUUUUGGGGUUGUACUCAGAGCUUGGUCUGUUCUUUCGAACCCGACCCAGAAGACCCUUUUCGAUAACGGGUUGAAAAAUAAGGAAAAAGGGAGGAAUACUUUUUGGACUGUGUGUCCGUACUGUUACUAUGUGUAUGAGUUUUUGAAGGAUUAUGAAGAUUGUUGUUUGAGGUGUCAGAAUGAGAAAUGUAGAAGAGUGUUUCAUGGGGUAUCGAUUGUGGGCCCACCUCCGCCGCCUGAGGUGGCGGAGAAGGGUGAGUAUCAUUGCUUUGGGUUCUCUGUUUUGGGUGAGUAUUUGUGGUCCCCUUUUGUGGCGACGAAGACUAAUGAGAAUAAUGUUGAGUCUGAAAUUGUGAGAGAAAAGACUAACGAGAAGAAAGCUGUGGAUGAGUUCAUUGAAAUUUCUGAUGAUGAUGAAGAAAAGGAUGAAAAUGGGGGAAAGGAGAAAUCUUUAGGGGUCGAAGAGAUAAUUGUGGAAACUAAUGGUGGAGAAGUGGAUAAAGGGUGUACAAGUAUAGGAGGUAAUUUGAAGAAAAAGAGGAUAAAAGUGGUGGCAAAAAGUUCAAAUAAGGUGCUAGGAAAAGGGGACAAAGUGAACAUGAAUGAGAUUGUUUAUAAUGUUGAGGGAAAUGAUGAUUUUGAGUUUGGUAAUGUGGGAGAAAAGACUAAUGAGAAUACUGUUGAGUUUGGUAACGUACGAGAAAAGACUAAUGAGAAUACUAUUGAGUUUGGUAACGUGGAAGAAAAGACUAAUGAGAAUAUUGACGAGUUUGGUAACGUGGAAGAAAAGACUAAUGAGAAUACUGUUGAGUUUCGUAACAUGGAAAAAAAGACCGAUGAGAAUACUGUUGAGUUUGGUAACCCCGGAGAAAAGACUAAUGAAAAUAAUGUUGAGUUUGGAAUUGUGGGAGAUAAUAAUGUUGAUUUUUUUAUGGGAGAGGAUGAUAUAUAUGUGAGGAUGCAAGAAGGUUUUGAUAUUGGGACAUUGUUCUUUUGA